AUGGGAACAAGCGCUAGCUUGUCACUGAGAUUGGGACAUGCCUUCUUCUCGACUGCUUCGCUUCUGUUCAUGUGCCUGCACAUCGAUUUCUACAACUAUACUGCUUUCAGCUACUUGGUGACAGUAAUGGGACUAAUGAUCCCAUGGAGCCUAACACUAGUAAUGGUGGAUGCAUACUCUGUCUUCAUCAAAUACCUGCCUCACCAGCCAAGGAUUUUGUUGGUCAUCAUAGCCGGAGAUUGGGUAACACAAAUUUUUCCUUGCUCUGUUUUUGGUUUUGCAACGGAAACUUGUCGUUGCUCUUUGUAUGCAUCGAAAGUUCACAACCUUGGUAAUAUGCAGGUUUUGUCAUUUCUGUCGCUGGCGGCGGCCUGCGCGACAGCAAGCGUCACAGACCUGUUGGUGGACGCAGGUGGCUCGUUCUGCCCGACCAAGUCGUGCAGCAGGUUUCAGCUGUCGGCGACCAUGGCGUUCUUGUCUUGGUUCCUCUCUUUCGCUUCUUCUCUCUUCAACCUCUGGCUUCUUCCUUCUUUGUAG